UUUGUCACGUCCUUGUCAAACAUAGCACGUCAGUUGUCUUCGUCUGGCUUACCUGUCUGUUCCUUGUGCUUGAGUUCUGUGGAGUCAUCAAUAAAUUCUUCAUACAAUGUCUGCCUGGGCCUCUCAUAUACAAGUGUCAUUCUCACCGCCAACCAUAUCACAUUAUGACAGUCUACUUUUAACUGACUGGGAUUCAAACUCACAACUUUCUGGCUGCGAUGCAACAGUGCCACUAACUGCAACGCCACAUAGCAACAAUAACAUUUUCACUGAUUAUUUCAGGGGGUUUUUUAAUUUCUGUUUUCACCCUGAUGUUUGAUACCCUUACUGUGCUAUAUGCUCUAGUUUUAAGAACUACCAUCCUGCAACUUUUGCAUGGGCCUCAUCUAAAACACAAACACACCUGGAUAAAUGUGGGAAUAUUCUGUCAUUUAGUUCAACACUGUCAUUGAGUUGUGUUGAACAAAUACACAAAUGUUGAAGGACAAUAGCUCUGGAAGGCUAGAACAGACAACUCAGCCCUGUACUCUCUCUGUUCCCCUCUGUCGCAUUAUAAUUGCUGCUUCAGUGUACUUCCUGAACUAGUUUGACCUACUGUGCCAUCAGUUUAAUGAUAACUCUAGAAUUGGGAAAAAGUCUAAUUUUCCUCCUGCUGUAGAGCAAAUCUUUCUCUGACAUUGCAAUGGGAUUCAAUUGUUCUGUUUGCCUAAUCUGUCAGGACUGGACACUCGAGAAAUAUUUGUGAUAAUUAUCAGUAACGGAGUGUACCCAUAACUAAAUGUAGUCUAACCUUGAUAGAACAUAUCAAAACUAUAUUUUCUGACCUCUCUUUAAUCUUUAAGAGGUUUUGUGAAGCAGAAAGAUGCCAUCUUGUUUCUCAAAGGUUCCUCAAAUGAUUUUAAACUAAAACUUCUGUAAGCAGUGAAACUCUGGUGAACCUGAAUCUGUCUACGCUCCAUCAGGCUGCCUGUUGUCUGUCCUUGUUUCCUGUUUUCUCUGAGAACAAAGAGCCAACAGACAAUGUGGAAAACGAGCAGCGUGCCUGGUGACACUGCAGCGGGAUGGAGGGGGGGACUUCAAAUGCCUUUCAGUCAGAGAUGUACCAUCCUGUCUGCUGCCUGUAGGCCACCUCACAGCCACACUGUUGUUUGCAUUCAACCAAUCACUGUGUCCCCUCUGACUGGUUUAGGGAGCCGCUCACAUUUUCAGUCACUCUGGACGGUGGUGUUCCUUUUCCAGAGGGUCUGAUGUCUUCUUGACACCUGAGGCCAUCAUGGACUGGAGUGUUGGGACUGUGGAGAUGCUGGGGGUUCUGUUGUCAGCAGGGGGCUGGCUUUGCUCUCUGUGCACAACUAUGAUGCCGUUCUGGCUGACGCUCUCCACAGACCUGCUCCCCACUGAGAGUUUGGAGGUGGGACUGUGGAAGACCUGCGUUAUCCAGGACUUGGGUCUGCAGGAAUGUCGACCAUACAACAGCCUGCUGGGUCUGCCGCCAGACAUCAAGCUGGCCCGGAUUCUGAUGUGUACUGCUCUGGGUUUUGGGCUCAUGGGCUCGGUGCUAGCCGUCCUGGGCCUGAACUUGAUCAACAGCUGCUGUCGGAAGGUGGAUGACCGAAGCUUUAAGAAGGUCCUGAAGACAGCAGGUGGGACGCUAAGCCUGGCAGCUGGAAUACUGGUCCUGAUCCCAGUCUCCUAUAUAGCUCACCUGACUGUGGUGCGGUUCUUUGACGAGUCGGUGCCGGAUGUGGUGCCUCGCUGGGAGUUCGGUGAUUCUCUGUUCUGUGGCUGGACAGCUGCAGUUCUGCAUCUGGUGGCAGGAAUGCUGCUGCUGAUUUCUUCUUUGUAUCUGCAGGAACAGAACCGGAAUCUACCCGUCCACAUCCCUCUUUUCCCAGUGUCCCAGACACAACGGUCAGUCAGAAUCAGUACUGAGUACAUCUAGAGCACCAACCAGGAGAAAGUAUCCGCUUUCACAUUGUUGGAAAUCUGACUUGAUAUGAUGGUUUGAACAGUUAUUUAAGGAAAAUUUCCAAGAUUCUUUCCAUGUCUAUGGAGAUGUCUGUAGUUUGUUGGAGCCAAAGAAACAAAAAGCUGCUAUUUCCUGUUACCUCUCAUUUAACAACCUUCAGCACUCUAUCUCUAUCUGUCUACCUGGACAGCUUAAGCAAGACACAAGGAUGCUUUCAGCUUCAUUUUGAUCUCGGAAAACAUUAGUGACUGCAGAUCAGUACUGGGAACUUUGAAGAGGGGGCAUGACUGAAAAGAAUACAUUCAUAGAAGUGAAAAAUCACUAUAUAGAUCAGCCUAGUUAACAGCAGGCAUUACUACUUAGUAUUAAUGUAUAUAUAACCCAUGCAUGUUUGUACAGUGUAAUGUAAUUGUUACACCACCAGAGGGCUAUAAGUUACCAUCAAUAGAGUCCAGUUCCUUCAUAGUUACAGAUAAUCUUUCUUACCUUCCAGUCUAACUAAUAAUUUUGCUUAGAAUGGGUUUAUUUAUGUUUAUUUAGGUAUGUUAUGUUCUGAAGUCAAAGUUAAAUGUUUAAUUGUCACCAGAUUAAAGAUGACAAACAGUACUGUGUGUGUUUCUGGUUCAAUGUUGUCCAGUCUUGAAGACAAAUAUUUACAAGUUUAAUUACAUAUGUGUAAAAGUAAUCUUACAAAACUGAACACAGAGCACUCUGCCUUUGCCCCUCAGAAUUGGGACAUCAGGUGUCGCUCUUUGUGAAUUUCUGCCUUUCAUGUCAAAAGCAAAUUAAUUUAAUUGAACUGACAUCACUUAACUAGCCUGACAUCCUCAAUACCUCACAGAGUAAUUCUAGGUUUAACACAUGUGAUUAAGCAGAAGCUGCUUGGAAACAGUUCUAACAAAAUAACAGAAACUUUAUUGAAUAAAUCUAAAGAAUAAUCA